AUAAAAGCCCUAUAAGUAGCAGAAAUCCGUUGUUUACUUCCGACACAUUUCUGGUGUUAAAGAUGCCUGAGCCAGCCAAGUCUGCUCCCGCCCCGAAGAAGGGCUCCAAGAAGGCGGUGACCAAGGCGCAGAAAAAAGAUGGGAAAAAGCGCAAGCGCAGCCGCAAGGAGAGCUACUCUGUGUAUGUGUACAAGGUGCUGAAGCAGGUCCACCCCGACACCGGCAUCUCUUCCAAGGCGAUGGGGAUCAUGAAUUCUUUCGUUAACGACAUAUUUGAGCGUAUCGCGGGGGAGGCUUCCCGCCUGGCGCAUUACAACAAGCGCUCGACCAUCACCUCCAGGGAGAUACAGACUGCCGUGCGCCUGCUCCUUCCCGGAGAGCUGGCCAAGCACGCCGUGUCGGAGGGCACCAAGGCCGUCACCAAAUACACCAGCUCCAAGUAAACUUUUCAAGUAAGCGUCUUAACACUUAACCCCAAAGGCUCUUUUAAGAGCCACCCACAUACCCACUAAAAGAGCUGUGGCCAGACGCCAAAUUUUUAUUUGGCGGCGGAAGAGUAUUAGGGAUUGGAGAAGGGUGGAGACAAGUACUGCAACUUAGGGACAAAGGGGCCUGAGCCUGGAAGAAACCAGCCACUAAAAAUGGGUUUGGGGUCAAUUCGUUGCGCUUAAAUUUAAAAUG